CAAUCCCAGUGCAACCUCUGUCUCCAAUCAGCUCUCUCGUCCGUGAAGCUGAACACAGUUACUGAACAGAGUCUACAGAAAGCACAUUUUGUGCCAUUAAAGGGAACUGAGCAGGUGUGAAGCAGCGCCUAUAAACCCAGACCAUGGGGAGUGUUUGGGAUGCAGUGCUGAUACUGGGUUGUAUGUGGCUCCCCUCCUGCUUGUGUCAGACUUUCUCUCCUCAAGCUGCCAAACUAAAGUUCCGUCUUGCUGGCUACCCGCGCAAACACAACGAGGGCCGGGUGGAGAUCUUUUAUAACAGCGAGUGGGGUACAAUCUGUGACGAUGACUUCACUCUGACUAAUGCCCAUGUGCUCUGUCGCCAUCUAGGAUUUGUGAAUGCUAUCAGUUGGUCACAUAGUGCCAAGUAUGGACCGGGCACAGGUAAGAUUUGGCUGGAUAACGUAAUAUGCAGAGGCUCAGAAACCAGCAUUGAGGAUUGUGUGUCUCGAGGGUGGGGCAACAGUGACUGCACUCAUGAUGAAGAUGCAGGGGUUGUCUGUAAAGAUGAAAGGCUACCUGGGUUUUUGGAGGACAAUAUCAUUGAGAUGCAGGUGGAUGAGAACAGGUUGAAAGAGAUCCGCUUGCAUCCUGUCAGUGAUCAAUUGCCCACUACUGAGGGUGUGGUGGAGGUGAAGGAUAAAGAUGGCUGGGUUCACAUCUGCAAUAAAGGCUGGACCAACGAAAACUCCCGUGUGGUGUGUGGAAUGAUGGGGUUUCCCUCAGGCAAGACCAUUUCAAAGAAGAAAUACAGUCACAAUCGUGUAUAUAGGAUUCACUCGGUGGCCUGCGGUGGAAACGAAGCUCAUUUGUCUGCAUGUACCAUGGAGUUCAGUAAGAACACCAGCAUCCCCUGUCCUGCGGGAGGCCCUGCUACAGUCAGUUGUGUGCCUGGGCCCCAGUUCAGUCAAGGCCACAAAAACAAGCACAAGAAAAAACGCACACCUAAGGUCCGUCUAAAGGGUGGUGCAAGGACAGGGGAAGGCCGUGUGGAGGUGCUGAAGGGCUCUGAGUGGGGUACAGUGUGUGAUGACCUCUGGAGCUUACCGUCUGCCAGUGUGGUAUGCAGAGAAUUGGGCUUCGGUACUGCUACAGAGGCGCUAACUGAUGCACGCAUGGGCCAAGGCACAGGACACAUCUACAUGAAUGAGGUACGGUGCCAAGGGAAUGAGAAGAGCUUGUGGGAUUGUCCUUAUAGCAACAUCACUUCAAAGAAGUGCAAACACAUGGAGGACGCCUCGGUCAAGUGCAACGUCCCUUACAUGGGCUUUGAAAAAAGGAUCCGUCUGACUGGAGGCCGUACACAGUUGGAAGGCCGGGUGGAAAUUCUGGCUGAUGUUUCAGGGGAGUGGGGCCUGAUCUGUGGGGAUGACUGGACUACUCGGGAGGCCAUGGUGGCAUGCAGGCAGCUGGGACUGGGACAUGCCAGCAGUGGCCUUAGAGAAACCUGGUACUGGGAAGGCAGUAACGUGACUGAGAUGGUGAUGAGUGGGGUGAAGUGUCGUGGAGAUGAGAUGACUAUAACCGAGUGCCAGCACCAUAGUGUUGUCAACUGUAAGAGGGCAGGAGCUGCAUUUGCUGCUGGAAUUAUCUGCACAGACUCUGCAUCAGACCUAGUGCUGAAUGCCCCUCUGGUGGAGUACAGCGUCUACAUAGAAGACCGGCCACUGCAUUUGCUCUACUGUGCAGCAGAGGAAAACUGCCUCUCGAAAUCUGCAGCCAACGACAAUUGGCCGUAUGGGCAGAGGCGUCUACUUCGAUUCUCCUCAGAGAUCCACAACGUGGGCCAGGCUGACUUCCGUCCCCGUUUGAGCCGUAAUUCCUGGGUGUGGCACGAAUGCCACAGGCAUUAUCACAGCAUGGAUAUCUUCACCAACUACGACCUGCUGGAUCUCAACGGCACAAAAGUGGCAGAUGGUCACAAAGCCAGCUUCUGUCUUGAGGACACAGACUGCAAUGAAGGUGUUUCAAAACAAUACCAGUGUGCCAAUUUUGGGGAGCAGGGCAUCACGGUUGGCUGCUGGGACACGUACAGGCACGAUAUAGACUGCCAGUGGAUUGAUAUCACUGAUGUUAAACCUGGAAACUACAUACUGCAGGUUAUACUGAACCCUAAUUUUGAGGUAGCAGAAAGUGAUUUCACUAAUAAUGCUAUGCGCUGCAACUGCAAAUAUGAUGGCUAUCGGAUCUGGCUGCAUAAAUGCCACUUAGGUGAUUCAUACAGCGAAGAAGCGGAGAAAGAGUUUGAACUAUAUCCUGGUCAGCUGAACAAUCAGAUCUUAUAACAUCAGCCACCAACAGAUGGAAAAGCUUUAAGCCACUAUGAGAAUAGCUUUAUAAUGUACUCAUCUAUUUAUUCUUACUGAACACCAUUCUCCCACAGUGUCCGCCAAGUCCUAAUCAGAUACAUCUCUGUAUCAACGUCUGGUUGCGAUGGACAACCUUUUAAACUGACAAAGUGACACAAGAACUUGCUCACAGCCAUGUUGAAAACCAGUCGAACAACAGGCCUUAAAUGAGCCCUUUGUCUGAAGAGUCGGAAAAGGAAAUAGCUAAAGGGAGCAGCCCAAUUUAGUACUUCCUCAGUAAUGAACCAGUCCAGGUCAAAUUCUUUUGAGUCUAUAUUCUAGAGAAGUAAGCCUUUAGCAAAUUUUUACAUUUUUAAGAAAAUGGUUAUAAUGUAUGCAUUGAUGAAACAUUGAAUAUAUUUUUCAGCAAAAUGUC